UGGUAGUAGAACAUCAGCAUUGCUCCUAGAAGUGGGACACUCCAUAUUCUUUAUCUCUAUCUGCAUGAAAAGGGAACUGAACCUCUAUUUUGCAUAGGAGCAGUGCGCCUGCUUAAGGAGGCGGGACUGUGACCCGGUUAGACGUGAAAUUGGCAAAACCGUCUCCAUCUCCUCAGACUGGAGACAGUCCGGUCCGCGUGAGCUGCAAUGUCUGACUGCAGGCGGCAGUGGAACCGGGAGGAUGAGCUCCCCGUCUACUUUGCUGGACCGAUCACCACCGGACCAAACCAGCGGAAAUCCUUUGGGAUGUUCAGCUCUGUGGAAGGGGCGUUUGAGAGCAAGACCAUAGACUUCGACAACUACGCGGUGGGGAGGAAAGGGAACCGCACCCCGAGGAGUGGGAGCCGGGAAAGGCUGCUGGAUACCGGCGACCCCAUGGGGAAGACCACCGGGGGGACACGGCAGGGGUCAGACUCAGAGAGCAAUGCAGCCAGGGACGCAGAUGAGUCUCGGGCUGGGGUUGAGGUUCAAGUCUUAUCUGAGAAGACGAGCCCAAAUGGACAGGAUGAACGGCUUCUGAUCAGAGGGGGGCGAGUGGUGAACGAUGACCGCUCCUUCUUUGGAGACGUCUACAUCGAGGAUGGCCUCAUCAAGCAGGUGGGGGAGAAUCUGGUUGUUCCUGGAGGUGUCAAAGUGAUCGAGGCCAAUGGUCGCAUGGUAAUUCCAGGUGGGAUUGAUGUCAACACCUGCUUGAUGAAGACGUACCUGGGCACACAGCCUGUUGAUGAUUUCCUCCAAGGCACUAAGGCUGCACUUGCUGGGGGAACCACGAUGAUCAUCGAUCAUGUGACCCCUGAGCCCGGGGAAAGUCUGCUGGAGGCGUUUGAGCGCUGGCAGGAAGCUGCAGAUAAACGAGCGUGCUGCGAUUACUCUCUGCAUGUGGACAUCCCCCUGUGGAAUGAGACUGUUAAAGAUGAGCUGGAGGUCCUGGUGCAAGACAAAGGUAUCAACUCCUUUCAAGUGUACAUGGCCUAUAAAGAUGUGUACCAGAUGACAGAUUCUCAGCUGUAUGAGGCAUUCUCCUUUCUGAAGCAGCUGGGGGCUGUUGUGUUAGUACAUGCCGAAAACGGAGACCUGAUUUUUGAGGAACAAAGAAAAAUCCUUGGGAUGGGAAUCACUGGUCCUGAAGGGCAUCCUCUGAGUCGUCCUGAGGAGGUGGAAGCUGAGGCUGUGUUUCGUGCCAUCACCCUCGGUAACUGUGUGAACUGUCCUGUCUACAUCACAAAAGUGAUGAGCAAGAGUGCCGCUGACACCAUCGCUCAGGCCCGCAGAAAAGGUUCCGUGGUAUUUGGAGAACCAAUUACAGCUGGCUUGGCGACGGACGGUUCUCAUUAUUGGAGCAAAAACUGGGCCAAAGCAGCUGCCUAUGUGACCUCUCCACCUUUAAGUCCUGACCCCACCACACCAGAACAUCUCCACACCCUGUUGGCCAGCGGGGACCUGCAGGUUGUGGGCAGCUCUCACUGUGCUUACAGCACAUCUCAGAAAGCCAUCGGUAAAGAUGACUUCACCUUGAUCCCAGAAGGAACCAACGGGGUAGAGGAGAGGAUGGGCUUCGUCUGGGACAAGGCUGUGGCCAUGGGGAAAAUGGACGAGAACCAGUUUGUGGCAGUCACAUCAACCAACGCAGCUAAAAUCUUCAACUUGUAUCCUCGUAAGGGACGCAUCGCUGUGGACUCUGAUGCAGAUAUCGUCAUCUGGGACCCAGACAUUGUCAAAACCAUCACUGCGAAACAGCAACAGUCGGCUGCAGAGUAUAACAUCUUUGAGGGCCUUGAGUGUCGGGGAGGUCCAGCUCUGGUAUUGAGUCAGGGCCGGGUGGUUUAUGAAGGAGGCAAGCUUCAGAUACAGCAGGGGACUGGUCGGUUCAUUCCACGCAAGCCCUUCCCAGACUACGCUUUCCAGCGGAUCAAGUUUAGGAACCAGGUGAGCAGCAAGCAGGGUGUCACGCGUGGUGUCUAUGAUGGCCCUGUGCAUGAUGUUACUCCCACCCCCAAAUACAUAACCCCUUCUCCAUCAGCCAAAACCUCCCCCACCUCUCACCAGCCACCAACAGUACGCAAUCUGCACCUGUCCAACUUCAGCCUCUCAGGUGCUCAGAUAGAUGACAACAUUCCCCGGAGGUCUGGCCACCGCAUUGUAGCACCUCCCGGUGGUCGCUCGAACAUCACCAGCCUUGGCUGAAUACUUUUGUCUGCACUUUGCGUGUUGUUUGUGUGAGAUACCUCCUCAUUAUUGUGUGCUGAAGCAUAUCUGAGUGUGGAUACGUUGGCAUGUAUGAACACUUUUCAGUAUUAAAGUGGAAUCCCUAGUAUAUAAGAUUACACUUUUAUUCCCAAAAGAUAUAACAAAUACAAAAUAAAGCGUAUUUCACAAUCAUUGAAGACAUUCAAAUCUAUGCCAAACGUUAUAUUUGGACUCACAAAUGCACAUGUGAAUACUACUUUUAACAUCCAACGCUAGUACUUGGUACUUUGUUGUUUUUCCCUCCUGUUGUCUAUGACAUCUUUCAUUUUUAUCACUUUACUUUCUCAGACACGGUGCUCCUCUUUCGCCCUCUAGUGGUCCAUUGAAGUAACAACAUUUUUUGGUCAAUUCUGCAUCUGGUUAAAAAAAAACAGCUCAGCAGUGUACUGCAUUUUCUGACACGAGACUUUUAUUAUGUUAUACAUUUGCAUGAUAAAAUUAACACUUUUGACUACUUGUGUGUUAUGACUGCAAGGGUAGAACACAAAUAACGUAUUACUCAAAGCACAUCUGUAUCAGCACAAACGUUCUCACACUUGAUUGCUGUAAACUAAGAAUAAAACAAUGAGUAGUUCCUCUCCACACAUAUGCAAAUGUAUCAAUACUCUCAUUUAAAAUUAGAAUAUGGAACGGCGCUUGACAGGAUGUGCAUGUUGUAUUUAGUUCUGUGUUCUUAUAUUAAAGCUUCACAACGUCUUUUACAGUCCUCUGCCCAUCACUGUUGCCAGAAAUAGAUCCAUUGUUGCAGUAACAUUUUGAAUUCUGCUGUUAAAAAGCUUCAGCUUCCACUCCUGACUCUUAAAAUGUCACUGAUACAAUAAUCUGUUUUAAAAAAAAGUUGAUUUUGUUUUUCCUUUAUGUGUUAUCUUCCUGAUGCAAUAUUUAAUGUUUCUAUGGUGCUCUGCUUUUCUUCCAUUUGUAAGCUCUUUCCAAUGGAACCAGUAAUUUUGAAUAAAGGUGGUGUGGAAUGGCAUAAUAAAGGUCUAAAACUUAAA